AUGGCUUCGCUGUACCAGAGGUUCACGGGCAAGAUCAACACCUCGCGCUCCUUCCCGGCGCCCCCCGAGGCCAGCCACCUCCUGGGCGGCCAGGGGCCGGAGGAGGACGGCGCGGGGCCCAAGCCCCUCGGAGCCCCGGCGCCCGCGGCGGCGCCCCGGGAGCGCGGCGGAGGCGGCGGCGGCGCGGGUGGCCGGCCCCGGUUCCAGUACCAGGCGCGGAGCGAUGGUGACGACGAGGACGAGCUGGUGGGGAGCAACCCUCCCCAAAGGAACUGGAAGGGGAUAGCAAUUGCACUUCUUGUAAUCCUGGUCAUCUGCUCCCUGAUUGUCACCUCGGUCAUACUGCUGACACCAGCGGAAGAUACUAGUCUGUCUCAAAAGAAGAAGGUCACAGUGGAAGAUCUCUUCAGUGAUGAUUUCAAAAUUCACGACCCUGAGGCUAAGUGGAUAAGUGAUAAAGAAUUCAUCUACAGAGAACAGAAAGGAAGUGUGAUCCUGCGGAAUGUUGAAACAAAUAUUUCUACAGUGUUAAUAGAAGGCAAAAAAAUUGAAUCAUUAAGAGCCAUCCGAUAUGAAAUAUCUCCAGAUAAGGAGUACGCUCUGUUUUCAUACAACGUGGAGCCAAUAUACCAACACUCCUACACUGGAUAUUAUGUCCUGAGCAAAAUUCCUCAUGGGGAUCCUCAAAGUCUGGACCCACCGGAAGUGAGCAACGCAAAACUUCAGUAUGCGGGCUGGGGUCCUAAAGGCCAGCAGCUGAUAUUUAUCUUCGAAAACAACAUCUACUACUGUGCGCACGUCGGGAAGCAGGCCAUCCGUGUGGUCUCGACUGGAAAGGAGGGCGUGAUCUACAAUGGCCUCAGCGACUGGCUGUAUGAAGAGGAGAUUUUGAAGACUCACAUCGCCCACUGGUGGUCUCCGGAUGGCACGAGGCUCGCCUAUGCCACCAUCAACGACUCCCGCGUGCCCGUCAUGGAGCUCCCAACCUACACCGGCUCCAUCUACCCCACGGUGAAGCCCUACCACUACCCCAAGGCUGGAUGUGAAAACCCCAGCAUUUCCCUGCACGUCAUUGGCUUAAAUGGACCCACCCACGAUCUAGAGAUGAUGCCACCCGAUGAUCCACGGAUGAGGGAGUACUACAUCACCAUGGUGAAGUGGGCCACCAGCACCAAGGUGGCCGUCAACUGGCUGAGCCGGGCGCAGAACGUGUCCAUCCUCACCCUCUGCGACGCCACCACUGGGGUCUGCACGAAGAAACACGAGGAUGAGAGCGAAGCCUGGCUCCACAGACAGAAUGAAGAACCGGUAUUCUCCAAGGAUGGCCGAAAGUUCUUCUUUGUCCGAGCCAUCCCACAGGGGGGACAGGGAAAGUUCUAUCACAUCACCGUGUCGUCAUCACAGCCCAACAGCAGCAAUGACAACAUACAGUCCAUCACCUCCGGAGACUGGGACGUGACCAAGAUCCUGGCCUACGACGAGAAGCGGAGUAAGAUCUACUUCCUGAGCACAGAAGACCUGCCGCGGAGGAGACAGCUCUACAGCGCCAGCACGGUGGGCACCUUCAACAGGCAGUGCCUGUCCUGUGACCUGGUGGAGAACUGCACGUACUUCAGCGCGUCCUUCAGCCACAGCGCCGACUUCUUCCUGCUCAAGUGUGAAGGUCCUGGAGUCCCCAUGGUGACAGUGCACAACUCAACAGAUAAGAAAAAAAUGUUUGAUCUGGAAACAAAUGAGCACGUGCAGAAGGCCGUACAUGACCGACAGAUGCCUAAAGUAGAAUACAGAAAGAUCGAGGUUGACGAUUACAACUUGCCCGUUCAGAUCCUCAAGCCAGCAACCUUCACCGACACGGCCCACUACCCCUUGCUCCUGGUGGUGGACGGCACCCCGGGGAGCCAGAGCGUGGCCGAGAAGUUCGAGGUGACCUGGGAGACGGUGCUGGUGAGCAGCCACGGAGCCGUGGUGGUGAAGUGCGACGGCCGCGGCAGUGGCUUCCAGGGAACCAAGCUGCUGCACGAAGUGGGGCGGAGGCUGGGCUCCCUGGAGGAGAAGGACCAGAUGGAGGCUGUGCGGAUGAUGCUGAAGGAGCAAUACAUUGACCAGGCACGUGUGGCCGUGUUUGGGAAGGAUUAUGGCGGGUACCUGAGCACUUACAUCCUCCCGGCGAAGGGUGAAAAUCAGGCUCAGGUUUUCACCUGUGGCUCUGCUCUCUCUCCAAUCACGGACUUCAAGCUCUACGCGUCCGCGUUUUCCGAGAGAUACUUGGGCCUCCAUGGACUUGACAACAGAGCAUAUGAGAUGACCAAGGUGGCACACCGCGUGUCAGCGCUGGAAGAACAGCAGUUUCUGAUCAUUCACGCAACCGCGGAUGAAAAAAUCCAUUUCCAGCACACGGCGGAACUCGUUACACAACUAAUUAAGGGGAAGGCUAAUUACAGCUUACAGAUCUACCCGGACGAAAGCCAUUACUUUCACAGUGCCUCCCUGCACCAGCACCUGUACCGAUCCAUCAUCAGCUUCUUUGUGGAGUGCUUCCGCGUUCGGGACAGGCUGCCCACGGCCACAGCCAAAGAGGAGGAGGAGGAGGACUGA